CUUGCGCAUGCGCAUUCACACCUCUAAGCUCAGCUGGGAAACCUCAGCUCAGAGUGGAUUAGUUGCUUUAUUUCAUACCCUGGAAUGGACCCGCMGAACCGGAACCGCUCCAAGAGAACCGGAUGGGUCCCCCUCUCUGGUCCCACCGACCCAAAGAAACCUGAGAACCAGGAGGGGAAACACCACUGCUGUCCCCACUGUGGGAAGAUCUUCAGCAGAGCAUGUGGCCUGUGGAGACACCAGAAGAUCCACAGAGGAGAGAAGCCGUACAGCUGUGGUGAGUGUGGGAAAACGUUCAGCCAGGCGGCCCACCUGAAGMGGCACCAGAACAUCCACACCGCUGAGCAGAGCUUCCUCUGCCCRCUGUGUGGGAACAGCUUCACCCAGAGGGAAACCUUAAAGCUGCACCUGAAGCAUGUCCACUGCCGCCUGCAGCCCUACGGCUGUCAGGACUGCGGGAAACGUUUCUCCAAGCGCAGCAACCUCAAGGUCCACCAGCUGCUGCACAGCGGAGAAAAGCCACACGCAUGUGAGGUCUGUGGGAAGACAUUCAGGGACCGCAGCCACCUGAGGAACCACCGGGUCACCCACAGCGGGGAGAAACCCUUCUGGUGCGAGGAGUGUGGGAAGAUGUUCACCCGGCCCGGUUCCCUGAGGAAACAUCAGAGGAGCCACACCAGGGAGAGACCGUACUGCUGCGACAGCCGUGUCAACCUGAAACAUGGAUGUUCUGUAGAUGAAAUGUUUUGUUCUGAGCCAAAGAGCAAAACAUCCUGAACCAAAAUAAAGAUUUAAAAUCAGUUUUUAUUCUCUGUUUGUUUCCAGUUCAGAAUAAACUGUGACUUUAUAAUUUUAUCUUC